UUGUCUAUGGAGAUUGCAUGGGUGUGUGCUCAAUUUUAUACACCUGUCAGCAAGCUGAAAUAGCCACACCCGUCCACAUACUUACUUCAUGAAUAUCUAGCAGAUUGUAACAAGUAAUGUGAUCUAUUAGUCAUUGCAGGAUAGCUACUGUUUGGCAUAUCACAGAGAAUUUUCGAUCAACUUUAACUUAGCGACACUAUCUUCGUCCUCGAUUCGGUCAAACAUAUCUUCUAAUAGGUCUGUGUUCAGUUGCAGGUGGUUUGUUCGAAUUUAGAAAACGCUAGUAAGGAUAGGCCCUUUUUCUUUCAGGUACAGUAGCAAAAUGGAUAAUUGUUAAUACAUAUUUCCAUUAAAUACCUUUUCCAAACGACCUUUGUCGUAGGUUAAGCAUUCACAUAGGUUAAACAUUCAUAGUCCCAUUGGCAGAGCGGUCAGUGGCUGAUGUAAAUUGCAUCAUAGGCAGUUAUUGUUUUGCAGCCCAAUGGCGAAAUCAGGAAGUCAUAGUAGAUUUAUUUUAACGCCAGAAGAUGUACAUCUAUGAAACGUUCCAUUCAGAGCUGAACUAGUGUCUCCCAUUCCUGCUGCGGAGUAAACCUGGUGGGCUGCCAAUACAUUCCGCGAGUCUGUUUCUGUAGCCUACCCACAUUUUGCUUAUCCUGUAAUUUCCUUUCAAUAGGAGUUACUGAAGGAAGUGUCUCUUUUUCCUCCUGCUUUUUUAAUUUCUUAAACGGAAUCAACGGAGGACGCUUAGACUACUGGUCUCACAAAGUUUUCACAAUUGCUUGUCUACUUUGAGACAUUUGAUCUUAUGUUAUUUGGGAAUUUGACUUAUUGCCUAUUUUAGAAUGCAGGAAGCUGGAGAGUACACUAUGAAAAUGCAUCCGAUGUGGCAGGGACCACUUGUUGCUCCUGGGGGCAACAGACAAUCUCCGAUCGAUAUUCGGGUGCGCAAGAGUGUGUUUGAUCCGCAUCUCAAGCCUCUGACCCCGGAUUACGACCCCAGGACAUGUUCACAGAUAUGGAACAACGGGUACUCAUUCCUGGUUGAGUACGAUGACACCACCGACAAAUCCACACUUAAAGGGGGUCCUCUGGAGGACAACUUCCGGCUGUGUCAGUUCCACUUCCAUUGGGGGGAGAGCAACGCAUGGGGCUCUGAGCACACAGUGGACCGCCGCCUCUUCCCUGCUGAGCUCCACAUGGUCCACUGGAACUCUGAUAAGUACAGCCGGUUUGAGGAGGCGGUGAUGGAGGAGAAUGGACUGGCUGUUAUCGGGGUUUUCCUCAAGAUAGGGAAGAGACACGAGGGACUGCAGAAACUAGUAGAUGUCCUACCUGCUGUCAGACACAAGGACAGUGUUGUUGAGUUCACCAGGUUCGACCCAGCCUGCCUACUGCCCACUAACAUUGAUGAUUACUGGACGUAUGCAGGGUCACUGACCACGCCUCCUCUGACCGAAGCAGUGACCUGGAUUAUCAUGAAGCAGCACAUCGAAGUCAGCCAUGACCAGCUGGCUGUGUUUCGGAGCCUUCUCUUCACCUCAGCAGAGGAGGAGGUGCAGAAGAGCAUGGUCAACAACUUCCGUGUGCAGCAGUCGCUGCAGGGCCGCACUGUGCGUUCUUCGUUUACCCCCUUCCUGAAGGAGGAGCAACCGGCAAAGGGUCCACACACAGGCCACUGACCUUUACUCAGAGACUCACUUGGACCCUUCAAACCAAAAUAAUGCAAUACCCUGGGAAGCACAUUUUUGGCUAACAAAGUCUUACGUUUGACUCUACAGAAGUCAUACUGCUGGCAUCUUUCCAAACGCUUAUGCAUUCAGAAAGCACUCUGAUUUCACUUAAGUGCCAGGGAUUUUAUAAUUCCAAUGUCACCAUCUAAAAGCUGUUUUGUUGACCAUCCUUGGCACUAGACAGCUGUUUCACUGCCUGCUGUCCUAUCAAUAAGUGAAAGGCAUCAUCAACACAGGGCAGGUGUAUUGCUGUAGUCUAUGCUAACAGAUUUUUUAAACCCCUGUCUCUUAGGUGAACCUUUUUUAUUCAGUCCUUAACAGUCCCACUUGAAAUGCUUCCAGAAACCAAUGAGGGAUUAUGCUGAAAUACAGGUAACUGUCAAAAUAAAGGAAAACACCAACAUGUAUUGUCUUUAAGAGGGUGUUGGGCCACCACAGCUUUAUUGUACAAGUGUCUGGAAGUCUUGGAUGGAUGCGACACCAUUCUUCCAUGAGAAAUUCCAGAUUUUUUUUGUUUUCCUCCAGGAUCUCCCAUAAGUGUUUAAUUGAGUUGAGAUCUGGUUGCAGAGAUGGCUAUGGCAUAUGGCUUACAUCAUUUUUAUGCUCAAAACAUUCAGUGACCACUCAUGCCCUGUGGAUGGGGUUAUUGUCAUCUUAUGGGGGCGCAGCCAAAAUAAUACAUCACCCUAAGUAAGCAUGAUGGGCUGUUACCUGCUUAAUUAACUUAGGAAGUGCACCCGUGGAAGCAUCUGCUUUCAAUAUACUUUGUUUCCCUCAUUUACUCAAGUGUUUCCAUUAUUUUGUCAGUUACCUGCACUUUUAUACUAUCACCGAUUUUAAUAAUCUCAAGCAUAAGAAUAUCACCCUUGUGUAUGAGCAGUACUCUUGCAGUAAUUGUUCUCCUUCCUUGACAAAGUAUUUGAGGUGAAGGGGCUCCAUAUAUGGAUGUGGGGUUUAGUUUGAAGGUUUAAGCUCUGAACUUGUUUACUGCACACAGCCGAAGAGAUUUGGUUCAUUGUAUUUGGGUCUAGCUAAGGCUCCAAACUGCACAAAUGAGUGUUGCUCAUUGCUUUGAAAGAUGUUUUAGAUGCAUUUGUGAUUGAUUUUAUUACAUAGUCUAUUGAGUGGACUAGAAUGUACAUCUCACUAUCUGUAACUUAAAGGUAAAAAUCCUAUGUGUAGGAUUGACAUCUUUUAUAAGGCCUUAUAAGCACAAGGACACAGGCAUUUGUUACAACUAAUAUGCAGAACUAUUUUGUUGAUAUAGCAAACUUCUGUAUUUUAGCAUGGGUGUCUAAGCAUAUUUCCUCGUGUUCUGUUCUACUAAACAGGAAUCUACCAUAGUGUCUUCUAUUUUAUGCAUCAUACUGACACAUGGCGGUCACCUCUGUUCUCAUAGAUCAAUUGCUCAUGGCAGUGUCUAUUCUGUUGGGGCUUGCUGGUCUAACGCAUAUCGAUAAUAUUCUGCCCCUACCAAGCUUAACAGUCGGUCAAUUUGUAUGUUUGUGGUUUAGGCGCUGGGAGAGUUAAGAGAGGGUAUCACAUCAUGCAUCAUUAACCUGUUAUCUUGUUGGUUCUGUAUUUAUUUAUUUAUUUAUUGGUGGAGGUCAGUAGGUUUUUACUUGCCUUUUUAGAAGCACACAGACAGGAAUCAUUCUCCUGAUAUUUGUAUUUCAUUUCUUGAGACUUAAGCUUUUUCUGUACUUUAUAUCUCCCUAUAUAUAUAUAUAUAACACAUUUGAGAUUUUAAAGUUCCCAGCAGAACUGGACAGGGAUUACAGUGGAACCAACUACAUGCAUCAACUUUAAAACAUAACUACACUUAAUGUUAUGCUUUAAUAGCUUUCCAAAAGGUUAACUGUAAUAUAAGCACUGCUAUUCCCCAUGUUGACACAAAACCAUGAAACGUGAUACAGCAAUUGUAAUACCUUGCUGCCUAUUUUCUAUUAGCCUACUUCUAGUUGCAGUAUUCUGGGUGUGCCUUCCAGUGCUUCACUAUUUUCAUCAAAGAAAGGGAGUGAUUGAAUAAAGAGAGGGGGGGGGUCUUAUGUUUGCAGUGUUCAGAGAAUGUGAAGUAGGUGCUAAAAAGAUUGGAGGAGAAAGGGAUUGAUUGGUUUGUUCUAUAAACAGGGAAUGAAAAGGGAGCAGACAUUGAGGCAACAUUGGUAUUGUUUGUUCUAUAAAGCAUUACGUGAGUGAAUGGUUGUCUUUGUGAUCAUUCAAUAACAAUGUUCCUGUAUAAACUGUCCCUUGUGGGGCCUCUCCCUUGAAAAAGCCACCUGGCCCUCUCCCCACUAGGUCAAUUGCAGAGAAGAAGUAGCUUGACACUAACCUGUUUUGAAAACUGUACAGCACUGUCCAAACACAGGAACCGUAAGACUCUUGCCCUCUACCCAAAUGACACUUGCCUGUUUCACUGCGUUCCCUAUGAAAUGAAAGAUGGCAUUUUGUUACACCAGAGUUUAGGGGAACAAUGUUGGGGUACAGGGAGGAUUUGAACACAGUUCUGAAUGGUUAUACAUUUCAUGUGGGCAUUUUUAUGGGUGCUGAUUGGUUUGAUGGUAAGUAGAGAGAUUUCAUUUGCUGUUGUAACUGGUACGGGGCCUAUUUUUCAAGCUUCCAUUUGUCUUGGUCUGUUUAGUUAUGAUCUGCCUUUUUUAAAUAUUUGAAAUGAUACUCCAGUGGGAGGUUUCUAUUCAUUUAACUGUAUUUUUAUAGUUUUCAAAUGAUAAAUACUAAACGGACACAAAAGUUGUACUAUAAUGACUAUGUACUUUAAAAAUGGAUCAUUAGUCUUGGUUAAUAUGUCCUCUGGUGAACUGCUGUAUUUUAAUGUGUCUGCCAUCAAUGCCUGUUUUAAACGUGUAAAAGUUAGUAUGCACAAUGAUCUCGAUCGAUAUACAAUGUGUACAAAACAUUAACACCUUCCUAAUAUUGCUGGCCGAUGUUGACGCCAAUGCUUCCCACAGUUGUGUGAAGUUGGCUGGACGUCCUUUGGGUCGUGGACCAUUCUUGAUACAAGGGAAACUGAAAAACCCAGCAGCGUUGCAGUUCUUGAUGCAAACCGGUGCGCCUUGCACAUACUACCAUACCCUGUUCAAAGAUACUUCAAUAUUUUGUCUAGCCCAUUCACCCUCUGACACACACACAAUCCAUGUGUCAAGGCUUAAAAAUAUAUUUUUAACCUGUCUCCUCCCCUUCAUCUACACUGAUUUGAAGUGGAUUUGUCAAGUGACAUCAAUUAGGGAUCCUAUCAUUCACCUGGUCAGUCUGUCAUGGAAAGAGCAUGUGUUCUUAAUGUUUUGUACACUGUGUACAUGUUUUGCAUAAAUACGACUUGCAGUACUUCCCCUUUCUUUGUUUGCUACUUGGCAGGUGUUUUCCUGAGGCUAGAGGAGUAUGCUGUAGUACAUGUUGUAUUUGUUUGAUCGUCGGGCAGCCACAUUCCUGCCCCAUGGGCCUUGAGGAGCUGUGGUUCAAGGGAUAAGUUGGGGCCCCUCUUCCAACAGGCCUGUUAUUGCACCAGGUGCCGGAUUGGCCCAGUCCAGCUGGGCAACCAGGAAGUGGUGCUACUAUCAUGUCCCACAGGCCUAAAACACCACAGGGAUGGACCUUACAUCCUUUGCUGACAGAAUGUUUAUAUAUAAGAUUAAUAAUAAAGAAAUUCCUAUUUUA